UAGAAGCUCGUUUCUGCCUUGGCGUCCAUUUCAUGUUUACUCAAGUUGUCGUCGCCUUGUUUUUCUCUGACGAUUAAAACUAGAAACUUUUUUUUUAUUGACUUGUGCACUUGUGACAUUUAAUGAUGAACUUGCUUUUCUUCUUUCUCCUAGUUGUACAAACACACAGCGUGACGCCUGUGAUUCAUUCACUCAAGUAUUUCACCACUGCAUCCUCUCAAGUUCCAAACUUCCCAGAGUUUGUGAGUGUUGCUUAUGUUGAUGAAGUUGAGAUUAGUUACUAUGACAGCAACAUCAGGAAAACAGAAUCCAAACAGGACUGGAUGAACAAAAUCACAGCAGAGGAUCCAAACUACUGGCAGAGACAAACAGAGAACAAUGUUGUUAAAGAACAUGUCUACAAAGUCAACAUUGAAACAGCCAUGAAGCGUUUCAACCAAACUGGAGGUGUUCACAUUGUCCAGGUGAUGACAGGAUGUGAAUGGAAUGAUGAGACUGAUGAGGUUAAAGGUUGGCAGCAGUACAGUUAUGAUGGAGAAGAUUUCAUAUCGUUGGACAUGAAGACAUGGACAUGGACUGCAGCAAAACCACAAGCUUUCCCCUCCAAACUCAAGUGGGACCAGGACAUAUUUAUACUAAAUGACAAAAAGUAUUAUUUCACUGAGCGUUGUCCUUCUUACUUGAAGAAGUAUGUGGAGUAUGGGAAGAAGGUCCUAAUGAGAACAGAGCUUCCAGAGGUGUUCCUCCUCCAGAAGACGCCGUCCUCUCCGGUCACCUGCAUGGCGACAGGUUUCUACCCCGACCUAGCCGACCUGUUUUGGAGGAAAGACGGCGAGCAGAUCUUCGAGGACGUGGAGCACGGAGAGCUGCUCCCCAACCACGACGGAACCUUCCAGAUGUCGGUGGAGCUGAAAGUGGAGGUGACGGCCGAGGUGGAGGGCAAGUACGAAUGUGUGUUCCAGCUGUCUGGCGUCAAGGAGGACCUGGUCACCAAGCUGGAGAGAAGAAGCAUCCUGAGCAACGCAAGCCAUGAAGGCAACGUGAGCGUCACUGCCACGCUGGCGGUCCUCGCUGUGGUGGUCCUCCUGGCGGCCGCCAUCAUCAUCAUCAUCUUCAUCAUCAAGCGUCGCCCAAGCAGACAAGCCCAAUACGAUCCAGCUGCUGGUGACGCUGGUAACGAGCUCUCAGAGAGACGUGAAGGCUGAAGGCUGAGUGAGACACAGAUGCUUUGUGCACUGGAACACAGAGAGAUGUCUCCAUCGCUGAGGGACCUCAUCACACUUGGACAUUUAUGCACUAAUUGCUCCUCAUCUCAUCCAUCAUGUCUUCUUUGGCUCUUUAUGGCUGAGAAAAUCUGCAUUUUUCAACAAUAUUUUGCCAGUCAAUCAUGUUGAUGUUGAUCUUUGUGUCCAUGUAGUUGUGAUGUCAUCAUUUGGGGCUCAUGUGUCAUCACAUUGACAAGGAUUUCUUCUUUCCUUUUCAAACCAAUAGACAGCUGCUUAUCAGUGAAUAUCACCUUGUGUCACAUGUCAGCAUUAUUUUCACUAAUAUUUUGGAACAAUAGUACCAUUUUUCAGUACUUUUGUAUGUUAAUGUUAUUGGUUUGGUAAUCAUUUUUUCAUGUAACAUUUAAAAAUGUUGUCCAGUUGUUAUAUCUUGUUUUCUGAUGACAUUAGUCUCAUUUGCAAUGCAGUUGCACUUCCAAGACCAUUAGAUGGCAGCACUGUAUAACUAUUUAUGCUAUGUUGUCAAACUAAAAAGUAGCUUUUUUCCAGGAAGAUGAAUUUGUUAGGUUGCGCCCUACAAAGUGUCAAUACUGUAAGUAUUGUCCUCAUUACACAAAACUGUAAAAUUCCAACUAUAAUCUUAGUUGUCGUUUCCUUUACCAAAUUCCAAGGUGUUGAAAUCGCCAUGUAAAAUCGCCCAUGCUAAUAGUAGCCUGUCUAUGGCAAAUCCUAUGUAAAUUAGCAAUAAGCUAGCGCAUUUUGAAAGAGUGUAGCAUUACUUUACCUUUGAGCGUUUUUUUAUGAAGCACACUUUGUUGGUGUUGAAAAUGUCAAGGUGACUUAGAGGGAGUUUGGCUGAGUCUGGCCUCAGUGCUGCUUGAGUGAUUGUUUACGUGAGCCCGUGUUUAGUCUGAAAGCAGACAUGACCAGUCUGAAACCGGACAUGACGUCACAUGCAACAAAGGUAUCCAACUAUGGCACCGUUUGAUUUUACUUGAAUUGAUAGUUAAGGGAAUUGGGGUCAUUACCUACCAAAGUAGUGAAUUGGGUAGCCAACCUACCAGUUAGUGUGACGGAGGGGGACAGUGACACAACAUUUAUGACAAAGCGUUGCAAAAUGUUUAUAUUUUUUGAAAAUAGUUGCUGUUAUUUCCGUUCCUUUUUGCAUAGUCAUAUUUUUGCUUGAUUGCCAAACAUGGCGAGGAUGUCAUUUGGGAAGUAAACAAGGAAGGCCACUCUUGAUAUUCAGUGUUUUAUGUGUACUAUGUUUCAUGUACAUUCUGGCUGUUUUAUUCAGUAAAAACUUGUCAAAUACAAUUCUGUGUUGGAGGUGCUUUGUCAUUACACACAUGAUAACACUUUUAGUUUGCAGUCAUGCAAAACAAGUGUCAAAUGUCUCAAGUAUUCCUGUAAAAAACAAAAAAAAGCACAUACAGCAGAUUGUGAGACAAAAAAUUUGAUUUUUUUUUUCUAGCUGUUUGAAUUAUUUAGUGAUAAUUUGGGGUUGCCAAGCGUCUCUUGAAAAACAGAAUUAGAAUGAGAAACAAAAGUAUGUGUCACGUAAUGAGCCUAAAAGGGCCGCACUUUGUCUGGUGUUAUUGCCCUUCAGUUUCAGUUCAGUUUAUGUGGAACAUGCAUACGAUACAUGUAAUGCAUCACAUAUUUCCAGUUGCUUCAUGACAGCACGUCCGA